AUGAAAAGUCUCAAUAAGCUUGCAAUAACUAUCAAACAACCAUCCAGGUCAUACGCACUCACUCUAGCUCGGGCUUUUGCAACUUCAAAGCGACACCUGGAAAAUCUUGAGGAGCUCAUUCUGACAUCUCUUGAAACACUGUACCCAAAUGCGCCUGAAAGUCUACGCGAGCCCAUAUGUAACACGCUCACUGACAGGUACGCAAGAUUAGAGUACAGUGCCUAUAUAAACGGCAAACCAUGCUCCAAAUCUUCGAAGCAAGCUCAAGGCGGUGAAGCUCAUACGAGGCCGAAGAUUGAGGACGAAGCCGUUAGAAAUACCUCGGUUAUUUCAAGAUCCAGAACUGUAGAGCUUGACCAUAUUCAGAACACGACACAAGAGGAAAGCCCAAACUCACAACUAAAACCACGUUCGUCACUCGACACUGAACUCCUACGUAGGAGUUUUAACGACGAGCACAUUAAGAGGUCUCAGUCGAACAGAACCUUGUCUAUUUAUGAAAGCGAUGGCCAAUUGUAUGAGCCUAAACCACCCAAAUUUGAGGCUGGUGAAUCCCAGGUCCAACGCGAAUGGUGUCAUAAGCUUCUCGAUCAAUCUGUUGUGAGGAACAAUAGACGGUCAAAUAUCGGACGGCUUCACUACAAGCGUGAUCUCAAGCCAUUUCCAUGUCUUUCUGAAACGUGUGGGGAGUCUCGUCCUAGCUUCUCGUCUCGGAAACAGUGGCUUGAGCAUAUGCGAUCGAAUCACUCUAUGGCCUGGCCCCAGUCUCUCCAUGGCGCUAUGAUCUGGGUUUGCGGCGACCACGUUGAGGAUGGCAGGAAUAUUCCGUACGCUUUCUCUUCUAAGAACGACCUUGACCAGCACAUGCGCCUGAUACAUCAUUCGGAUAAGCCGUUAUCCGACGAUGAGUCCACGGAGUAUUUGAAACACCAAAGUUCACUUAUCGACACUAUGUCGCCUUCAUAUUGUCCAUUAUGCUUCUUGGUGGUUGAGAACAGUCUUGAGGCGAAACCAACAUCAUCUUUGAAGUCCGGCGGGAUCCCACCAGAGCCGUCUGAGAGGGUUCAAAGAAACAAAAAGGAUCAAAAACGCGUAGACUCUGGCGCCUGGUUCGCAGACGAUGUCAAGGCAGCUUCUGAUAUUGAUACUGGCGAUAACCAAGACCAUGACUCCUCCACUCUCUUUCCAUUGGAAAUACACAUCGCAGCCCACUUGCAAAACUUGCUUGUUCUGUCGCUGCGCCUCAUGGGAACUCUGGAACAUGAUAGAGACGAAGAAUACCUCACUGGCCCGCAUGGCUCAGACAGCCUUACAAGGGGAUCCGUUUCUUCUACGCAAGACGGCCCGGAGUUAGACAUUUGGUCCACCGAGGAUCCAGCGUCAGUGUGCAUUUCUGAGUGA